UAUAUAAAAAUUUAAUGAUGUUGAUAAAAAAGUAAAAACUAUAAAUUGUAAACAUUCUUUUUUACCGUCUGAUUAAUUGAAUCAGCGAUGAAGAUAUGUACAGUGAAAGUAUUUUAAAAAAUCAAAAAGGUUUUGAUUGGUAAUAAAAUAUUAUUGCCUUGUGUAUAAAAAAAGAAACAUGUCGAUCCGAGAAAUGGAAAUCUCAGACCAAAUUUUUUCCUUAAGACAAUCAGAUAUUUGUAGACUUUGUGGACUAAGAAAUUCCUCAACGUUCUUGAUCUACAGAAAAGUAGAUGCCGCUGAAUUGACUAUUGCAGAUUUAAUUAACCGUUAUUUGCCUAUUCAAGUGUCUGAUGAUGAUGAAUACCCAAGAGCUAUAUGUUCAAAUUGUAAAUGUCAGUUGGAUAUGUUAGUGAAAUUUAUCGAUGAUUUGUUAGAUGGUCAAAUGUUUCUCAAAAAUAUUUAUAAAAUGUACAAGUCCAAACAGCUUUCUUCAGCAGAAUAUGUACCCGUUGUUGAUGAAAGAACCACUAAUUUCAAGAAUAAUAUAAACACUAAAAGUAAUGAUGUGGAAUUUGUAUGUGAAACUUGUGGCUUAACAUUAGCUAACAAAAAUGACUUAAAGGCUCAUUUGAAAAAUCAUCAUGUUACAGAAGAACAACCAAGCCUGAGUAGUAUUUCAACAAAUAAAGUUGCUGAAAGAUUUUCAUGUGAACAUUGCAAGAAAACUUUUGCCCAAAAAAAUGGGCUUAACACUCAUUUAAAAACACAUAAAGGUGAUAAAAAGUAUGUAUGUAAAGUAUGUAAGAAAAGUUAUUAUCAAAAUGGAAACCUACAAGAACACAUGCGCAUACAUACUGGAGAAAAACCAUUCAGUUGUGAAUAUUGUACAGUAUCAUUUAGAACAUCAUCUCAGUUAAAAACUCACAUUCGAUGUCAUAGUGGUGCUAAACCUUACAAAUGUUUGGUAUGUGAACGAUCAUUCCCGCAUAAUAAUACUUUAAAAAUUCAUUUAAGGCGUCAUUACAAUGAUCGACAGUACAACUGUGAAUAUUGUCCAAAAAAAUUUGUUGAUCGUACAGCGCUGGUCAGACAUUCUCGUACACAUACAGGCGAGAAACCUUAUUAUUGUGAUGUGUGUAACAAAGAUUUUGCAGCAGUCACAAAUUUCAACAAACAUAAAAAAAGACAUAUGAAAGAUAAAGAUUCUACGGUAUGGGAGGUGACUACUAAAUUCCAAAAAGGCAGUUCAGAAAUUGAUUAUAUAAACGCUACAAUUAUUAACCAUAAUGAUUUGCAGCAAUGUGAUAGAACAGAGGAUUUAUUUUUAAUUUCCAAUCAAGUCAAGGAUCUCAACACUGAUAUACCAUCCAAUAGUGUUAAUAAUUUGGAUGAUCUAUUAAACGUCAACACAUCCUUCACAUCUUUAAACUCUAUUAGCUUUAAUGAAUCUAUUUUAGAGUUAGCUGAAAACAUUGUACCUUAGAGCUUAAUAUGAUUGUGUAUUUCAUAUUUAUAUGAACUAAAUCAACAAUUUUUUGUUUUAUGAGAUUGAACAAAUGUCACUAAUUUGUAACAUUGCCAUCAGUUCUUACUGCCAUUAAUAAGACUGAUGAACACAGAUUGUAUCAAAUUUAUAAAAUGUAUUCUAUUUAUUUAUCUUCGAUUAAAAUUUUUAAGGUUUUAUUUUUAUAUAAAACUAUACUCAUUCACUCAUUUCAUUAGUGCAUCUAGUAUCUACUAUCAGUAAACAUGAACAUUUUUAAGUAUAUAUUUUGUACACAUGUUUCUAUUAUCUAUU